AGGAAAGUAGUUCAAAUGCUCCAUAGAAGCCUUGAAUUUGCCUGAGGCACCAGAUGUGGUCUGAUGCGUCAGUUCUACACACCUACUUCCUGAAACCUUGGCAAUUAACUAAUAGUGUAAAUCCCAGUUUCUGAUGCGACUGAGUCAGCAAGGGCUUGGCACAGAACACACACAAAGGAAUUACCACCCGCAAAACAUACGAGUAGCUGACUGGGAUGAGUGAAGAACAACACAGAAGAAAACGUUCUAGAGAAAGACAACUAAAAAGAUAUAUUGGGUGGACUUUUUAACACUGCCAAGGCAGAAUAUCACUGAAACAGGUAUGCUGUCACUGUGCUGGAUAUCAUCUUUCAGACUUCCCCUCCUGGCUAUGUUUGUGUCGGUCCAUCUAACCGAAGUAGGAGCUGAUUGACUAAAAAACCUCAUUAUAACUUGAGACCAAAACUUUUUGCCAUCGCUGUGCAGUUAACUAUCACCACCAUCUUAUUGCUUCCUUCACUAUGGACACUUGGCGGAGAGGCUCCAUCAGGUCCUCAGGUUUUUUCAAGCGCCUCUCAUUCAGAAGACCUAAGAAACUAGGCAAUCAAGUCAUUGUCUUAAAUCACGACAGUCAAACAAUAGACUGUUCUGGACAUUACAAUCAAAAGGAGUUCCUAAGGGACUUGAAGAAGAAGUCAGCCUACUUAUCAUGCCAAAGCGAGCAAAACUUAGCCACGAAGCCACAGCCACCUCCAAAGCCUCCCCGGCUGUAUCUGGACAGUGCCAGCUGCCCCAAUAUAAUAGAUCACACAGAUUCCUCUUCUGCAAACCUCUCCUUUCCAAUCACCUUACAUCAUUCCCAUAAGGCAACUCAAACAUCACCUGACCUACUUUGCACGAAUCAAGACACAACCUGGUACUCCUCAGAAACAUCUUCUUGGCUUGGUAAAACGUUUCUAGAUCCAUCAGACCCUUUCUUUUCCUUCACGCUGGAUUUUGGGCCCUCACUCCUUGAUGAUGUUUUGCAUACACUCAGGAAACAGAAUUUGCUAUUAAAUUCCAGCUAAAUCAGAGGAAGAAACCUUAUCGGACUACUGGUUAUUCUUCACUAACCUACAUUUUGUCCUUUAUUUCUCAUUGAGAUCUCACAGUACACUAGCAGAAGACUGCUCCAUAGACUAGUAAUUACAGGUACUGCUGCUGUUCAUCUUUCUUUUCAAGACUACCCCCCAUUAUGUUGAAGUACUUUGUUUUCAUGGACAGGCAAAAGGUUUGCUACAUUUGAACUGUAUCAGAAUGCCAAAACAAAGGACCAUGAGCCAAAACGUGUGUGGUGUGGCAUAAGGCACUGUGCCAUAAGAACAGAGAGGUUUCUUUGGAUACUCUCAGCAGUCUUAAGUUUCUCAUGCCUUCAGUUCAAAGAGACUAUUUCAAAGACAGAACAUUUUAUGGAGAGAAAAAGUGGGAUAUAAAUAAACAUAAUAAUAAUAAUAAUGAAGGUGAGAGCCUAGAAGUGUGCUUAAUGAUGUGGAGACAAUGAAUAUGAAGCUUUGCUUCCCUUACAUCAAUACACAUUUCUCUAAAUUAAUUCUCAUUAAUUAAUAUGUUUAAGCUAUUGGAAAGUCUUACCACAAAGCCUUAUUGCUAUGCUUUGUAUUUAUCACUGGGAAUGUGUAUGUUUGUGUGUGUGUGUGUGUGUGUGUGAAUGCAGAAAAAGUGCUUCUGCCAGAUGCUAUGAAUAUUACAGUGAAAAAUAUGAAAGAGUGUGUAGUCUUUAUUAAAAGUAUUUAUUUUAUA